UACUGUCCAUUAGGGUUCUCUUUAUUUAGGAGUGUGGGUCACCAAUGGCAUGUGAAUUGUCUCUUUCCUAGCCUUAGCUGGUGAUAUGUGAAAAAUAGAUACAUGUCAGGAUUUGUAUUUUAUAUAGCAUCAGAGGCUGUUUUGAAAAGAAGUGUCAGACAAAUGUGUUGCUUGUUCUACUGGCGGGUCGUUAGCCCAAGAGCAUUUGAGCCCGCAUUGCAUGAAGCACAUAAGAAAAAGUUGUGAGGUGACAAAACAAACUGUGGUUCGGUCUCAAGGUUCAUAAAAAUAUCCUUCAUCAAUGGCUUUUUUUGUGAAAAAGAAGAAAUUCAAGUUUCAGACACAUUUGACAUUGGAGGAGCUGACCGCUGUGCCUUUUGUCAACGGAGUAUUGUUCUGCAAGCUUAGAUUGUUAGACGGUGGAGACUUUGUUGCAACUUCAUCAAGAGUGGAGGUUCAGGAAAACUGUGUUCGAUGGAAGAAGAGGUUCACCUUUGUGUGUAAAAUGAGUGCCAACCCCACGACUGGAGUGCUGGAUCCCUCUAUCUGUCGGGUCUCUGUGCGGAAGGAACUCAAAGGAGGAAAAACAUAUUCAAAGCUGGGUUUUACCGACCUAAACAUGGCGGAGUUUGCUGGCUCGGGUUCUGCGGUCCGCUGUUGUCUGCUGGAGGGAUACGACACCAAGAAUACCAGACAGGACAACUCCAUACUGAAGGUGACUAUCGGGAUGACCCUCCUCUCUGGAGAUCCGUGCUUUAAAACCGCCCCCAGCACAGCCAAGUCCAUCUCGAUCUCAGGCCAGGACCAUACCCUGCAGCUAGACUGUAAGGGGGAGGGCACUGGAACCCCUAACCGGCCCCCUUCUCUGGGCCGUUCCACUAAGCCCAGACCCUCUAUCAUCAGCUCAGGACUUCCAGAGGAGCCAGACCAGACACAGGUGGCCAGCCCAGGAGAAGUGUUCCAGUCGGGCCACUCUCGCAACUCCAGCUACGCCAGCCAGCUGAGCAGGAUCUCAGGAUAUAGCACAGAGCACUCCUAUUCCUCCAGUCUGUCUGACCUCACUCACCGGAGGAACACCUCCACAGGAAGCAGCACCUCUGGGGGCCUGAGUGUGACCGUAGACACCCCCCCAGAGGGGGAGAGGGACAUCUGCCGGCCAGAGAGACCCCCUCGCCCCCCAUGGCCCAUCCUGCCAUCCAACAGACCCCCCAGGAGGAAGCAGGAUUCUGUGGAGAGCCAUCCCUCCUGGGUGAAUGACACCCGCAUCGAUGCUGACGAUAUAGUUGAAAAGAUCGUCCAGAGCCAGAACUUUGGUGACAUAAGUAACACUGAAGACAGUAACCUGCGACUGUUUGUCAGUAGAGACGGGACCACUUCCCUGAAUGGGCUACGGCUUGGAAACAGGGUGUCCGCCGGUGUCUAUGAGCCUGUUGUGAUUGAGAGCCAUUAGGACUGGUGAAGAUGUGAGUUUGAGUUGAGGCCUCUGUGGUGAAGCUUGUGGACUAACUGUAGAAACAUAUGGUAGUCAUCCUGGAGCACCAGCUCAGCUGGUUGCCAUGAGAGGAUGACCGUACCGCACAGUUCUCAUGUUUAGUUGUGGGUCUGUUUACCCUAUGGGGUUUGAUUGAUUGUAAACUGUUCUGUUUUUGUCUGGUAAUUUUGCACUUUAUUUCUAAUGUGUUGUUGUACUCCCAGAAGAUGUGGCUUAAGUCUGAUCUCAGUUCAGCUGUAUGUUGUUACAGUCUCUUUGUUUCCAUGGUAAAUGUCUUGUCCUGUUGAUCAGGAAGUGACAUCAUGCAUCUAACUCUAUCCUCAGCCUUUCCACAAAUAUUGGGAAAUAACGAUCCGACAAAUGUAAUACUGUAAAGAAAAUACCCAAUACACAUUGUAUACGCUACUUUAGAAUGUAUUUUUCUCAUACAUGACCCAAAGCACCAGAUAAUCUCUGUGAUGACAGUACUAGUCACUAUUGGAGGAGAGCUGGUGAUGGAGAAGAGGGAAAGUCCUCAGCAGUCUGAUUGUGGUUUAAGUCCCAUUUAGAUUGUAGUACUCUGGCGCCCCCUUGUGAAGAAAUGGCUUGCUGAGGGAUCAGUCUGAUUUUCAACAAUGUCCCCAAAAAACUGAUAGCUUCUAGCCUGUCUAGUUAGUGUUUACAGAUCUCAAGGAACUGAGUAGGUGUAGUAAUAUGGGGGAAGUUUUAUAUGCUAUAAGUUCUAAACCCAUUAGAUGGCUAUUUGGUGCUGUCUGAUUCUCUUAGAUCUGCAAACACCAAAGGGGUAAGAAGCUAGGGGUCAGACUUGGCAAUACAUAUUCAGCAGUCUUUUACACUGGCAGAUGUCUUCAAACAUUAUCUUAUGAAGGAUCAUCCAUCAUUUGUUUGUGUUUUUCCAACCAGCUUGCUGGUUUGUUAGAUUUUUUAUGGAAUUUAUCGAGCAUUACAGAGGUUUGCAAGGUUCCCUGUUUUAUUAUGUUUUAUAUAUUUACAUUCUCAAUAAUGUUGAAAAAUGCAGAACAAAUUGUUUUCCUGAAUAUCUGAAUGUAAACUGUGAUUGACUUUUUCUAUCCUAUUUGACUAAUAGAGCUGUUGUUAUGGACUGAAUGCUUGGAGGUUCGAUACACUUGUUCAGAGUUAACAUUUUGCAAUGUCCUGAUAACUAUUAUCUAUCAGUUGUCUGCCUAUGAAUGCCUUAAAUGAGAUUCUGUAUAUAUUGCUGUGCAUUAUCUACAAAAUAUCAGUUAACACAUGGGCUUAUAUUGACCACAGCUGGGUUUACAUUGGAUGGUCUCAGGUGAUGUGUCACGUUCAUUGCGACAGCACUUUAGAUUGAACUUUUUAAAAAACAAACACUUUCCUGUGUUUGAAGAGGGGUUUAAGCUAUACACACAACCCCAGUGUCUUACACAUAAAUUAACAUUUUGUCUAAUCUUUUUCAUAAUAUUAUUUUUACAAAAAUUAAUUAAUCUUAGAUUAUCAUUUUAACAAAUGCACAUGUAUACUAGACUAAAAAUAUCAGUAAUCUUGGUCUAUUUUUGUGAUCCUCCCUAAAUGUUUUAUUAACA